ACAAAUGGAGAAAACGCCGGCAAAUCCACCUCUGGAAACCCUAGCCUCACCAUAAAUACAAACACAGCUCUCUCUCCAUUUCUGCACCAUCACACACUCGUUAGCAGUGACAAAGUAACGCCAAUCAUUCACCUCUCUCUCCGCCGCCGUCAGGGAGGAUUUCUGCUUCUAAAUUGAAUAAGAGGAGAUGAGUCAGUCUCUGCAUAGCUGCAGUAAUGUGCUCUGUAAGUCUACUCAAUCCAAUCGUUACUUAUCCGCCGGAAAAAGGCAAUUUCCGCGCGUUUCGCGGCAAUUGGGAGUGGCACCGGGGAGGAAUUUGAGUAAUCUAUACUUGUCGACUCGGCUGUCAGUGUUGAAUAGUGUGAAGUGUGAGAAUGAGCGUGGUGGUGGUGGUGGUGGUAAGAGCAGUGGUGAUUUAGCGAAUGUAGGGGGGUUUAGUGGUGGAAAAAUUGGUAAAAGGACCGACAUUAAGAAGAUUUUGAUCCUAGGUGCGGGGCCGAUUGUGAUAGGGCAAGCUUGCGAGUUUGAUUAUUCGGGGACGCAGGCUUGCAAGGCGCUUAAAGAGGAGGGGUAUGAGGUGAUAUUGAUUAAUUCGAAUCCUGCUACGAUAAUGACUGAUCCGGAUUUGGCGGAUAGGACUUACAUCGAGCCUAUGACACCUGAGUUGGUGGAGCAAGUGCUUGAGAAGGAGAGGCCGGAUGCUCUGUUGCCCACGAUGGGGGGCCAAACUGCGCUUAAUCUUGCUGUUGCCUUGGCAGAGAGCGGUGCUCUUGAGAAGUAUGGAGUGGAGCUGAUUGGGGCGAAGCUUGACGCAAUCAAGAAGGCUGAGGAUAGAGAGCUGUUUAAGCAGGCGAUGAAGAAUAUUGGGCUCAAGACACCUCCUUCGGGGAUUGGGACAACGUUGGAGGAGUGUUUUGAGAUUGCUAAUUGGAUUGGGGAGUUUCCUUUGAUUAUCCGGCCUGCGUUUACAUUGGGUGGGACGGGAGGCGGAAUUGCGUAUAACAGGGAGGAGUUUGAAGCUAUUUGUAAGUCGGGCCUGGCGGCUAGUGUGACAUCACAAGUUUUGGUGGAGAAGUCGCUGUUGGGAUGGAAAGAGUAUGAGCUUGAGGUUAUGAGAGAUUUGGCAGACAACGUGGUGAUUAUUUGCUCGAUUGAGAAUAUCGACCCUAUGGGGGUUCACACGGGGGAUUCCAUCACUGUUGCCCCUGCACAGACCUUGACGGACAGGGAGUACCAACGUCUUAGGGAUUACUCUAUUGCGAUUAUCAGGGAAAUUGGAGUUGAAUGCGGUGGUUCAAAUGUUCAGUUUGCUGUUAAUCCCAAAGAUGGAGAAGUGAUGAUAAUCGAGAUGAACCCUAGAGUGUCAAGAUCAUCUGCGUUGGCCUCUAAAGCUACUGGCUUCCCAAUUGCCAAGAUGGCUGCCAAAUUGUCAGUUGGGUAUUCAUUGGAUCAGAUUCCUAAUGACAUCACUAGGAAGACACCAGCAAGUUUUGAGCCUUCUAUAGAUUAUGUUGUAACCAAGAUACCGAGGUUUGCAUUUGAGAAAUUCCCUGGCUCUGAGCCUAUUUUGACCACCCAAAUGAAGUCCGUUGGUGAAUCCAUGGCUGUAGGGCGGACAUUUCAGGAAUCUUUUCAGAAAGCAGUCCGCUCGCUAGAAUGUGGGUACUCUGGAUGGGGUUGUGGAAAGGUCAAGGAACUUGACUGGGACUGGGAACAACUAAAAUACAGCCUGAGGGUACCCAGUCCCGAUCGUAUUCAUUCCAUAUAUGCUGCCAUGAAGCGAGGAAUGACAGUGGAGGGCAUCCAUGAAUUGAGUCUUAUAGACACAUGGUUCCUCACUCAGCUUAAAGAACUUGUGGAUGUGGAGCAAUAUCUGUUAGCACGGAGUUUAUCAGAAUUGACCAAGGAUGAUUUCUGGGAAGUGAAGAGGAGAGGUUUCAGUGAUGUUCAGAUAGCUUUUGCUACAAAGUCUACUGAGAAGGAAGUUCGAUCAAAGAGGUUGUCUUUAGGUGUCAAACCAGCUUACAAAAGAGUUGAUACAUGUGCAGCAGAAUUCGAGGCUGAUACACCUUACAUGUAUUCUUCAUAUGAAACUGAAUGUGAAUCAGCUCCUACCAACAAGAAAAAAGUUUUGAUCCUUGGUGGGGGACCAAAUCGAAUUGGCCAGGGAAUUGAAUUUGAUUACUGCUGCUGUCAUACUUCAUUUGCCCUUCAGGACGCAGGCUUUGAAACAAUCAUGAUGAAUUCCAACCCUGAAACAGUGUCAACUGAUUAUGACACCAGUGAUCGGCUUUACUUCGAACCUCUCACGGUGGAAGAUGUUAUCAACAUCAUUGACUUGGAAAGGCCAGAUGGCAUUAUUGUGCAGUUUGGUGGGCAAACUCCGCUGAAACUGUCUCUUCCUAUUCAACAAUAUAUAGAUGAGCACAAGCCCGAAUGCAGAAGUGGUUCUGGAAAUGUUCGCAUCUGGGGCACAUCGCCUGAUUCUAUUGAUGCUGCUGAGGAUAGGAAGAGAUUCAACGCAAUCCUGACAGAGUUAAAAAUUGAGCAGCCGCAAGGAGGAAUUGCAAGGAGCGAGGAAGAUGCUCUUGCUAUUGCAGCGGAGGUUGGUUACCCUGUUGUGGUUAGACCGUCAUAUGUUCUGGGUGGCCGUGCAAUGGAGAUUGUUUACAGUGACGAGAAGCUCAUUACUUAUCUCGAAACUGCAGUUAAGGUGGAUCCCGACCGUCCUGUUUUGGUUGACAAGUACUUAUCUGAUGCUAUCGAGAUCGAUAUUGAUGCUCUUGCUGAUUCAUAUGGUAAUGUUGUGAUUGGUGGGAUAAUGGAGCACAUUGAGCAAGCCGGUGUCCAUUCGGGUGAUUCAGCAUGCAUGCUUCCCACACAAACGGUGUCGUCUUCGAGCUUGGAGACGAUAAGGUCUUGGACUACAAAAUUAGCUAAGAGCUUGAACGUUUGUGGACUUAUGAACUGUCAAUAUGCAAUCACAGCUUCUGGAGAUGUCUUCUUGCUCGAAGCGAACCCUCGAGCCUCGAGGACCGUCCCAUUUGUGUCGAAGGCGAUCGGGCACCCACUAGCUAAGUACGCAGCACUGGUUAUGUCUGGCAAGUCUCUUCAAGACCUGCAUUUCACAGAUGAGAUCAUCCCCAGACAUAUAUCUGUCAAAGAAGCCGUCCUCCCAUUCGAGAAGUUCCAGGGCGCCGACGUCAUCCUCGGCCCGGAGAUGCGGAGCACGGGCGAGGUCAUGGGCAUCCACUACGGAUCCUCCAUCGCCUUCGCAAAGGCGCUGAUAGCCGCAGGGCAGAAGCCGCCUCUAUCGGGGACGCUAUUCCUCAGCGUGAACGACUUGACCAAGCCCCAUCUCGGCCCCAUCGCCGUAGCCUUCACGAGCCUCGGUUUCAAGAUCGUGGCGACGUCCGGGACGGCUCAAGUCCUUGAGCUAGGAGGCGUCCCCGUCGAGCGCGUGCUGAAGAUGCACGAAGGGCGGCCACAUGCCGCCGACAUGAUCGCCAACGGGCAGAUUCAGAUGAUGGUGGUGACGAGCUCGGGCGACCAGCUUGACCAGAUCGACGGCCUGAAGCUCCGGAGGAUGGCGUUGGCAUACAAGAUUCCGGUGAUAACAACGGUGGCCGGUGCCUUGGCUACUGCUGCGGCGAUCAAGAGCUUGAGAUCGAACAAGAUUGAAAUGACGGCUCUUCAGGAUUACUUCAUGGAGGAGAGAGAUACAGAGAGCAGCAAAACUUUGCAAUCGGCAUCAAUUUGAGACUUGCUAAGUUGCUGCUUUUUUUAUGCUUCUGAGUUUUGUUUUCUGUUUGAAUAACUCAUUUUGUGGAAUUUGGAACAAAUAUAUUUAUGUUUUUGUUUUAUUUUUGAA